UCUGACUCAGCCACGCAGGUUAUUUGGGAAAAUAUUUUAAACGCAUGUUUUAACUAAACAGACCAUAUAAUGCUCCCUCGUUCCUCUUGCGUUGGACUACGUGCAUCUUGUAUUUUGGGCAGUUUGGGGAAGCGAGACAGGAGUUUUUAAGGUCUUUAUCAAGAAGAUGAACAAGGCUCUUGCUCUGGCAUUUGAUAAGUAGACUGGCAAUGCCCAUGUUAAUAUCUUUCUGACCACACCUGCUAAUGGACUGAGCGGUUACGUCAAUAAAUGUUUCAUUUCUAUAUGUGGACUAGUGCCAGCACUGCAGAAAAGCCCAUCGUCCCGAUUCCAGGUCACUGUGUCCCCAAAUUUGUGCUAGCACUGUCCUGCACCCUCAUCCGUCUGUUCAUCCCUCGCUUCAUGGGGCUGGCUUUGCAUUUUCUGACCCUGUUUUUUAUCUUGCCACAGACUGCUAGAAUUCGUUUCAAAUAAAUUUGUGCUUUUUAUGUAUGGACCAAAUCUAAAACUGCGCAAUAACGGCCUCUGCCCAACACAUGGUACUGUUGGAGUUUUAACCCUUGCAAGAAACCCAGCUGAAUGUCAGUGAGCUCUCAGGAUAUAACCCAAGGACGUUCCAAGUGAGUUAGCACUCAGGACUUAAACCAAGGACUUAUAUCCAGGUCAGUUUUAAAAAAGCAUCAAACACAGAAAAGCCACGGAGCUCAUGUAAAGAACAAAUCAUGAGCUUUGACAGUUUCCAGUACUGUGCACUGUUCGAGUACAAGCAGGAGCGGGGUGACGAUAUCUCCCUGCAGCCUGGAGAUCUCCUCACGGUCAGUAAGAUGGCACUGCUGACAUCCGAUUACCAGGAGGGUGACGAGAAGUGCCCAAAGGGCUGGCUGCAUGGCACCAAUGAACGCACUAAGGAGAAGGGCAACUUCCCCGGCACCUUUGUGGAGUAUGUUGGGGUCGUGAGGACAGGCCUUACUUCAGGGAAGCCUUGGCCGAGACCUGUACCGCCAACACCUGUAGGGCCCCAGCCCCCAGGAGCCUCUGCUUCAGAAGGCCCCUGUGGAAAGGGAGAUGUUUUGGAGCAGUGUGCUCUGCAUGACCAGACCCCAGCCGUGGUGCUCAGGCUGACGGAGGCUCUAGAGAGACUGGACUGGGAGAAUGAGCCAUUGUACCGGUCUGGCCAGACCUGGACUGGAUCCCCAGAAUUAUUGCAGGCUUUGGAAACAGACCCAGCAGCAGUGGACUUUGAGCAAUAUGAAUUGUCUACAUUGGCUGAUACACUUAAGAGUUACAUUCAGGACUUGCCCUGCCUGCUCAUACCAGCUGUAGUGUACAGCGAGCUGGUCUACACUGCUCAGGAAACCCAAAGCAUGGAGGAAUGCGGACAACAGCUGAAAAGAAUCCUUGACUCUCCUAGUGUCCCUCAGGCUAACCACCAGCUCCUGGUUCAUCUGACCCGACACCUAAGUAAGGUGACCCAAAGUGGUGGAGCAGCUCAGACAAGCCCCAGGCUUCUGGCUCUGGCCUACAGCGAGGCCAUCUUUAAAAACAACCACUUCAGUGCGGAUGUAAACCCAGAACAUCAUGUGAAAAUUCUAGAGGCACUUAUCAUGAUUGGAGGUCUAGUGGAGAUACAACCUGCUCCAGCUCUUCCUCCCAAGCCAACAAAACCCAUGACACCAGUAAAUGUCAACGGUGUGAAAGAAGUCGCCAGCGGCUCAUUGCAAGAAGCAGAAUGGUACUGGGGAGACAUAUCAAGGGAAGAGGUGAACGACAAACUGAGAGACAUGCCUGAUGGUACUUUCCUGGUACGGGACGCCUCGACCAAGAUGCAGGGAGAUUACACACUAACGCUAAGGAAAGGUGGAAACAAUAAGCUAAUAAAGAUCUAUCAUCGGGAUGGGAAGUACGGAUUCUCAGACCCGCUCACAUUCAGCUCAGUAGUGGAGCUCAUCAAUCACUACAGGCACGAGUCACUGGCCCAGUACAACACCAAACUGGACGUAAAGCUCAUGUAUCCCGUCUCCCGCUACCAGCAGGAUCAGCUGGUGAAAGAGGACAACAUUGAUGCAGUGGGGAGGAAACUCCAGGAAUAUCACAAUCAAUAUCAGGAGAAGAGUAAAGAAUAUGACAGACUCUAUGAGGAGCACACAAAAACCUCACAGGAGAUCCAGAUGAAACGUACUGCAAUAGAGGCCUUCAAUGAGACCAUAAAAAUUUUUGAAGAACAGUGUCACACGCAGGAACGCUACAGUAAAGAAUACAUUGAGCGAUUCCGCAGAGAGGGCAAUGACAAAGAGAUUGAAAGGAUUAUGAUGAACUAUGAGAAGCUCAAAUCCCGUCUUGGCGAGAUUCACGACAGUAAGACCCGGCUUGAACAGGACCUGAAAACACAGGCUCUAGACAACAGGGAGACGGACAAGAAAAUGAACAGCUUGAAGCCAGAUCUUAUUCAGCUCAGAAAGAUUAGAGAUCAGUACCUUGUUUGGCUCAAUCAUAAAGGUGUUCGACAGAAACGAAUAAACGAUUGGCUGGGGAUCAAAAACGAGAACACUGAUGACGCCUACUUCGUCAGUGAGGAGGAUGAGAAUCUGCCACACUACGAUGAGAAGAGCUGGUUUGUGGGGGACCUUAACCGAACGCAGGCAGAGGACUUGCUACACGGCAAACCCGAUGGAGCCUUCCUCAUCCGCGAGAGCAGCAAGAAGGGCUGUUACGCCUGCUCUGUUGUUGUGGACGGCGAGGUGAAGCACUGUGUCAUCUACAGCACACCCCGUGGCUACGGUUUCGCCGAGCCCUACAACUUGUACAGCACUCUGAAAGACUUGGUCCUGCAUUACCACCAGACCUCACUGGUCCAGCACAACGACUCGCUCAAUGUGCGGCUGGCGUACCCAGUGUAUGCACAAAUGCCCUCAGGCCCACGCAGAUGAAGACUUGCCCCCCCCAAAAUUAAACUCUCUAUACUCAUGGGAGGGGGGAACAGUUUCUGAACAAAAAACAUACAACAACAACAACACAAAAAACACUUGCUGCAACACACACGUCAGCCACCUUGGAGUUAUAUAUUUUUACAAGAACAAUUUGGAGGGCAUUCUUUCUAAAGACUGCUUGAUUUGCACAAGGAAGUUUUAAAUGUUUGUGAAUGUGAAAAAAAAAAAAAAAAGCAAGCAGGAAGCAGAGGAGGCGAGUUUCAGGUGAUCCGCGUUGCUACCUAAACUCCAGCUGGGACUUUUUACAUGCUCCAUUUUAGAUCAAGCUUUUUUUUUCCUGCCUCUAUUUUCUCACAUCUUUCUAGUUUUCAUUGAGAUGAUUGGUUUUUUUUUUCUCUUUAUAUUGUCUUUGCAAAAUUCUUAACUAUAUGUAAAGCAGGAAAAUAUUUAGUUUGUUUAAAUGUCUCCAUCUCUCUCUUUAUGUGUUUAAAAAAGGCAAAAACUAUGUAGCAAACAGACGACCGACACUUUCCAGAGUGAUCUCACAGUGACUGCUGCUGAACGAGGGGUUGUGGGAUGUUUGGGAGGGCACAAGUGAAAAUGUGUUGUAGUCUUAAAAACAAAAGCUUGUUUUAACACUAACUCUAGAGAGGUGUUUAUUUUUAUUUUUUGUCCUUGUUUUUUUGGCUGGAUCAAAAGUUUUGUCCUUUAAGCAGUUAAUAUUGUUACAGUUCAGUGCAGAGACCAAAGUUGGCAUGGGGAGGACUUUUUUUUUUGUUUUGUUUUUUUACUUUUUGUGAUAAAAUUGGCUCAUUGAAAUUAUACUUAAUACACCUUGUUUGCAAACUACAUAAAAUAGUUUGGAUCUAUGUCCUGUGAAUGGAAGCUUCACUUGUACCUUUUUUUUUUUUUUUAAGAACCAAAAAUCACAGACACAGUUGACAAAGCACUUAGAAAUGACAAGCCCCAAAUUUGAAAGAACAACAGCUCGUGAUUUAACUAAUGUGACCUCUUAAUGCUUAAUUGGAUUUGUGUACCUGUCAAACAUAUGUUCAAAAAAAAGUUCAGCAAGCGGGAGCAGUGUCAGAGCAGAUGUGCUUUAGUACGUAACUUGAAAAAAAAAAAAAAAGUGCAAUCCAGCUUUUGAUGGUAGAGAAGUGGUCUGUCAGAGAGAGAAACAAACUGCUCUCAGUGGCAUCAAAAAGCGAUAAUCACUUGAACCUUUUGAAGAAUUUCCUUUUAAAAAA